CUUCUCUGGACGGAAGUCGCCGAGUAUAAAUGAAUCCCAAAGCCGGCGGCCUCUGGUCUUGUCACCCGCUGGGCCACCAGUUUCAUGUGGAGGCUCCCGAGCGCCCGCGCUGCGCUUCGUGGAGUCCGGAUAGCGGUGGAGCAGCGCAGCCGGGCCGAAGCGGCGACUGAGACGGCGGCAGGUGCGAUGGAGCGCGCUAUAGUGCGCUGUGUGCCCUCGGAGCCCAAGCUAAGCCUGUCAUUCGCGCUUGCCGACGGCAGCCACAAGAACAUGCAGCGCGACCAGAGCGAGCCGGUGGGUAGGGCUCUCAGCCGGAUCGCUACGAACGCCAUCAAGGGCCACGCUAAGGCGGCCGCCGCCAAGAAGAGCAGGAAGAACCGGCCGAACUCAAGUGGCGGUGCGGCCUGUGCUGGGCCUGGGCCCGAGUCGGCUACAGCCUGCGAACCCGUGGUGAAGCUGUACUACCGGGAGGAGGCAGUGGCUGAGGACGUGCUCAACGUGGACGCGUGGCAGGACGGCGCGGUGUUGCAGAUAGGCGAUGUCAAGUACAAAGUGGAGCGCAACCCGCCCGCCUUCACCGAGCUGCAGUUGCCGCGCUACAUCAUGGCGGGCUUCCCUGUGUUCCCCAAGCUCAGCCUAGAAUUUGGGGAUCCCGCCUGCUCCCUCUUCCGCUGGUACAAGGAAGCCAAGCCCGGAGCGGCGGAGUCUGAGGUUGGUGGUCCCUCGUCGCUGUCUCCCUCCAUUCCCUCUUCUACUUGGAUCGAGACAGGUGUGGAGGAGCGCGUCUUCGUCCCGUCCAAUGCCGACAUCGGACUACGUCUCUUGCUUCAUUGCACCCCAGGCAAUGGACAGCGCUUCGGGCCCAGCCGGGAGAGGGUAAGUGUGUGUCCGGUGGAGGCCGGGCCUGGCACCUGCACUUUUGACCACCGGCAUCUCUACACUAAGAAGGUGACAGAGGACUCUCUCAUCCGCACUGUCUCCUACAACAUCCUGGCAGACACGUACGCUCAGACUGAGUUCUCGCGGACGGUCUUGUACCCAUACUGUGCCCCUUACGCGCUGGGGCUCGACUACCGCCAGAACCUUAUCCAGAAGGAGCUCACUGGCUACAACGCCGACGUCAUCUGUUUGCAGGAAGUUGACCGGAUUGUGUUUUCUGACAGCUUGGCACCCGCCCUCGAGGCCUUUGGGCUAGAGGGCGUGUUUCGAAUCAAGCAGCACGAAGGCCUGGCUACUUUCUACCGAAAGUCUAAGUUCAGCCUCCUUAGCCAGCAUGACAUUUCUUUCCACGAGGCCCUGAAGUCCGACCCCCUUCACAAAGAACUGCUGGAGAAACUAGUUUUGUACCCAUGGGCGCAGGUGAGAGUAUUCCAGAGAUCUUCUGUACUUCAGGUUUCAGUUCUUCAGUCUACAAAGGACUCUUCUAAAAAGAUAUGUGUUGCUAAUACCCAUCUCUACUGGCAUCCAAAAGGUGGGUACAUUCGUCUCAUUCAAAUGGCAGUAGCCUUGGCUCACAUUAGACAUGUCUCAUGUGAUCUGUAUCCUGGCAUACCAGUUAUAUUUUGUGGAGACUUUAAUAGUACGCCAUCAACAGGAAUGUAUCAUUUUGUCAUCAAUGGAAGCAUUCCAGAGGAUCAUGAAGACUGGUCUUCCAAUGGGGAAGAGGAAAGAUGCAACAUGUCUCUUACUCAUUUCUUCAAACUGAAAAGUGCUUGUGGUGAACCUGCUUACACAAAUUAUGUUGGUGGCUUUCAUGGAUGUCUAGAUUACAUUUUCAUUGACUUAAAUGCUUUAGAGGUUGAACAGGUGAUUCCAUUACCCAGUCACGAAGAAGUUACCACCCACCAGGCCUUACCUAGUGUUUCCCAUCCCUCUGAUCACAUAGCACUUGUAUGUGAUUUAAAAUGGAAAUAGAUUUGUGUUUAAUGGAAGUUGUUUUAAGUGUGAAAAGGAAGUUUUACUUUAGCAGAAAAUUUAAUAUGAAUCAAAGCUUAUGUAACGAUCAAAGGGGAAAUUAGACACUAAGGUAAAAUGUUCAUACCCUACUAGUUAUGUUCCAGAUGCCUUUAUUAUGAAACUGUUCAUAAUAUUUGCAUCAUAGUUUA